UUGCAUGUUUGCACAUUUUCACAGAACUGCAGGUCCGGAAUGGGCCAGCUGUUAUCAUGUAAGCGCGUUGUCCCUGGUUGUUCCAAAAUGGUUCAACCUUGGCACGUCAUCCUUGUGGCUGGUCCUCCAGCUGCUGGGAAGGGUACGGUGUGCGAUGGCUUAAAAAAGCGAUAUGGCCUUGUGCACAUCUCACCGGGGCAGAUCUUGAGAGACGAAGUGAGCAAAGAAAGUGAAUUGGGUCUGCAGGUGAAGCAGUACAUGACAAAAGGCAUGCUGGUUCCUCAUGAGCUAGUGAUGGAGAUUGUCCAGGAACGCUUGUGCAGGCCAGAUGUGCUGAAUCGGGGUUGCCUCUUGGACAAUUUUCCACUCACUGCAGAGCAGGCAGCAGCACUGACGAGGCAUUUUCGCGUUGAGAAGCUGCUGUUCAUGGACGUUCCUGAAGAGGAUCUGGUCGUUCGCUCCACGCUGCGUCGGUUGGAUCCCCUCACUGGACGAAUCUAUCACUUGAAAUUCCGGCCGCCACCAGAGGAGAUUGCUUUCCGACUUGUACAAAGAAGCGAUGAUCAAGAAGAAUCCGUGAAGCAACGGAUUGAAACUUACAAUCAACAUGUUCAAUCAAUCUUGCCGUCCUUUGAGGGCAAGACUUCUAGAAUAGAUGGACGAGGGUCUCCGCAAGAGGUAUUGGCAGCUGCAUGUGCAGCUUUGGAGGACCUGGAGUGGACCAGUGCCGAGCUGCCAUACUUCGGAAAUGUCGCAUUUGCGGGUCCCUUUUCGAUUACCCAAGCAAAGCGUGCGGGCUUCUAUUCUCCAGAGAAUCCUCCAGAAGAAGGUGAAAAGGUCGUAUGCUUUCAGCGAGGUGCCAAUUGGCAACGACGGGGCAUUGUGCAGGAGGUGAACGAGUGCUCUAGUGAGGGGCAAAAUGGUUUGCGCCGGGGCUUUGAGGGGAUGCUCGUGACUUUAGCUGACAACUCUGAAUCCUUCCGUUGCUGGUCAGCAUUUCUCGCACCUGUGAAUGACAAGGAGUAUUCGGCGCUUUGCACAACCCAUGGUUUCUUGUCAUCCCAUUUUUCCUCGCUCUAUCCUUGCAGCAAGGGUGUUGGAGAUGUCAAUUUUGUGUCCAAAGAGGAUGCCAAGAUUAGCUUAAGAAAAUGGCUUCAAGAGCUUGAGGACGCAGAUGGUGAACCAUUUGAGGUUACCUCAGAUGCUUUGAACUCAGUACUGAAACAGUUUGAUGAGCACGAAGAUGGCUCUCUCUAUUUGUACACAACGCACCAAAAGCUGGGGCGCAGAAUCAGCUUGGUCACCGGCCUAGACUACUCGCUCUACUACCGGGCACUCAACAAUACAUUGAACUGCGAUGCAUCGCACAACCUAUCAAAUGCGAUAGUUCUCAUUCAAAGAAUGAUCUAUUGUUUACUUUACAGCCCUACUGAUGGAUCCAGGAUUUUGCAUGCAGGUGGGAGAGUGUGGAAAGGAGAUACACAAAGACCAGUUCCUUUGAAUAUGCAGAAACUCCGCGAAGCACUUCGCUUGGAACGAAUCGUUCGCUUCCGACAAUUUCAAUCCACCACAAAGGAUCAUGCAUUGGCAGAGAAAUAUCGAAGAAGAGAAGAUGGACGUGGCUACUUGUGGGUUAUUGACAUACCUCGUGGAUUUUGGGGGGCACGCGAUAUUCAAAACAUCUCGUCCAAAGACAAAGAGAGCGAAACAUUGUUUCCUCCCUACUCUGCUUUUCGUGUUCAGAGUCUUGAUGACAACCAGUGCCAUUUGCUUGCAGUUGACCGUGGAUCCGAACUCUCUGACCGGGCUGACCGGCAUGGACUGAGGGGCUCAUCAGUAAAGCUGUGCUGAAAGCAGAGCUAAGCAGAGCUAUGGUUUUGAGAGUUUAGCCGCAAAGCAAAGCUUUGCGAGUUUGCUGUUUGCAAAGCUGGUAAAGUUCAACUCCGCUAUUGAAUGCAGCACCCCCAGACAUCCUGACCCUCUUAGAGGUUAUUUGGUAAAGGUGGGAGCUAAAAA